UCCCCCGGUGCGGGCGGGUCCCGGCGAUGGCGGAGGCGGCGCAGGGCCGGGUGCAGGCGGCGGUGGAGAGCGCCGUGCAGGCGCUGGAGCGGGAGCGGAUCCGCGGGAUGCAGGGCACCAUGUUCCGGUGCAGUGCGCGGUGCUGCGAGGAUGCCGCAGCCUCCAUGCAGCAGGUGCAGCGCUGCAUCGAGCGGUGCCACAUGCCCCUUGCCCAGGCCCAGGCCAUCGUAACUGCCGAGUUGGAGCACUUCCAGGACCGCCUGAGCCGCUGCACGCUGCAUUGCAAUGACAAAGCAAAGGAUGCGCUGGAGGCAGGGGGCACAGAGGCACAGGUGCGGGACCAGCUCGAUGCCUGUCUAGCUGCCUGCGGCGAUGACCACCUCCGCCUUGUCCCCGUCAUGGCCAAGAAGAUGAAGGACAGCCUGGCCGCCAUCCAGCAGUAG